GCAGUUUGUCCAAAUUUUAAAUUUUUCAACUGAAGGUGGCGUUGCAAUAUACACUUGAAUCUCUAUCGUUUCAUAUAAUAUUGGAUGUCCAAAUCGCAUUAUGUCCCACUUGAAAUGUGUUGUGAAAUUCACUUGGACAUGCAAAAUGCAUUUAGUCCAUCGACAUUAGACAAACAAAUAGCAUUUUGUCCGUGAGACGAACAAAACGCAUUCAGUCCAGCCGUAAACACGCUGUUUUUAUAACCUAACAGUUAGGUUACUGCUCUUAGUGUCGUUUCGGUUUAUUUUGCAGUAUUGUGUGUUUAGUUUGCAUCUUUUUCGCAACGUUUCAAUUACAAUGGAAUCUGCAGAUGGGGAGCAUAUUGUUGGUGAUUGUGACCGUGGUAGCCGGAAACGACAAGCAAAUUUAACAUCCAGGGAGAGAAAGAAGCAAGUCAGAUAUUCAAACCAUGAUCCUGAUUUACAACAAUUUAAUAUAGUUUGUAAUCAUAAGAAUAAUCCAAAACUGCAGUGUGGGCAAGUAGGGCGAGAUGAUAUACUUAAACUUCGGGAAGUUUUUUACAAAAAUCCCAAUAAAGUUAUUCAAGAUGGAAUAUUAGCCAGUAACAUUGAGUUGGAUAUCCCUAAACGAAAAAGAGCUCGCAAAUCUGAUGGAAAACCGCACUCCUUGUCUGCAAAAUAUCAUGUAUAUAUCAGUCGACAAAAAGUACAAAUUUGUCAAAAGUUUGUAAUGGCUGUAUACAACGUUUGUCAAAGGAGACUAAACACAAUUUGCAAGAAACUCCAGGCUGGGGAGGAAAUUAUAAAAGAAAAAAGAGGAGACGAUAGACGAGCUUUUAAGUUUGUAGACAAAUUGGAUGCUGUAAAGUCGUUCAUUAGUCAAUUACAAGGAAAAGAGAGCCACUAUGGAAGACAGAAGUCUCGACGGAUCUACAUAUCUUCGGAGUACAACAUUUCUAUUCUUUGGCAGUUAUAUAACAAAAACUCACCAGAAGGUUUAAAAGUGAAUUACAAGUACUUCAGUCGGGUGUUCAGUAAAUAUUUCAAUAUUGGAUUCGGCAGUCCUGCUACUGAUGUUUGUAGCUAUUGUGUAAGAACACAAACCAAAAUAAGUAUGUCUCAAAGCUCUUCUGAAAAGCAGAAAAUAUCCACUGAACUGAAAGUACACAAAUUUCGUGCCACACAAUUCCAUAAGUUAAUGAAAACUGAAGUGCCUAAUACAGUUUCGUACUGCUUCGACUUACAGCAAGUUCAGGUAUUGCCAAAAGUACCUAUUCAAGAGGCAUUUUACGCUCAACAGCUGUCAAUAUAUUUUUUUUGCGUUACCAAACUCAAUUGUCAAGAACCAAUAUUUUACACGUGGAUGGAACACCAAGCAGGAAGGGGGGCUACUGAGACAUCAUCUGCCAUUAUUGAUUUUUUAAAAAGAACUGAAUUUCCUGAAGAUGCGACGAAGAUCCGUUUUUUUGCCGACGGCUGUGGGGGGCAAAACAAAAAUAGUCACGUCAUACAUGCUUUGAUGUUUUGGCUCCAUACGUCAGGCGAAAAAAUAAAGGAAAUAGAAAUUAUAUUUCCGAUCAGAGGUCACUCUUAUCUUCCUGCCGAUCGAAUCUUUGGACGCAUCGAAAAAAUAUUAAGGUCCCACAGUCUCAUAAAAACUCCAGACGCAUAUUGGGAAUUGUACACUAAAGUGGGCGAGGUACGAAAACUUGGGUCUGAUUGGAAUCUGCUUGAUGUAAAAAAUAUGCUGCAGUGGCUCAAAAAAGUGAAUGGCAUAAGUUCUUGCCGAAGAUUUUUUAUUAAAAAGAAUGUUUCCGCCAACAAUAUUUUAGUGAAAAGUGAAGUACUCUAUCGCACUGAUACAAACAAAUUCCAAUCUUUACUAAAACCACGCACACGAUUCGACCAGGUAGUCGUGCCAUGGCUACCUUUGGGACAUCAGAUAAAGAAAAAAAAAUAGACAGUUUAAAAAAAUUAUUAGAAUCAUUAUCUGGAGAAAAGUGGAACAAUGAUCCAGAACUGGCAUGGUUAGUUCCAAUUUUUGAAGAACAACGUGAAGAUGGGGAAAUAGAAGCAAAUGAAGAAUGUGAAUGUAACGACAUGGAAGAGGUUAAUUUCAUUUAAAGUUUGUAAAUAAUACAAGUAAACGUUAUCGACAAUAUGUUUGUUUCAUUUCCAAAUUUAUUAUACCCAGUGAUCUGUUGGAUGGACAAUCAAAAUGCUGUUUGUCAACUAGUGACCUGCAAAUAGCAUUUUGUCCAACAGUUUUUUUGAAAUAGUAAAGCCACUUUGGCUUUUUCCAGUCUGCAAAUUUAGUAAUUUCUCAUGCUAUUUUUAAUAGAUUUUUUAAUACCAAACGCAAGUCCGUAAGUAACUCGUAUUGUACGUAGUAGUUUUUUGUCAUUCCUGAAAAUUUACAAUUUUGGACAAAACGCGUUUUGCAAGU